UCUCUCUCUCUCUCUCUCUCGCUCUCUGUCUCUCUCUCUCUCUCUCUCCUCCACCGCCGCAGAACUCCGCCGACCAGCUGUCAGGUGACCGCGCGGAGCGGAAUAUUCAUCAGUACCGUCGUCGUCUUUCAUCUCUUCCCCUCCUUCGGACUCCAGGCUCCCGGAGCUGCCGCAGCCCCGCUCCCCCGCUGUGUCCUCUCAUCCGGUCCGGGACAUUCUCCGCUCCACGCACACGCAGAUUAACGGGGAUUCUGCCUCCCCGCCCGCGAGCUGAUGCUGAUGUCCUUGAGCUCGGCCUGCACGGUCCUGGUGGUGCAGCAGUAGCUACCUCUCAACUGGAUCCACUUACUGUCUCUGAUUCAUCAGUCGCCUCUGCCUCGCUCACCCCUCUCUCCAUUCAUCCAUCACCCCUCAUCGUUGUCUGUAAGUCUGUCAGCCUGUCCGUUUGUCCAUGGACUGGCCGUGACCCUGGAGGGAGGGGGACAGAAACGAAGAAAGUUGCAGAGGAGACUCAGGAAAAGAAAGCUGGAUUCUUUCAGACAUCACGCUUCUGAGGUGCCCCGGCUCGCUGUCCUUCAUCCCCCUCACCCUCCUCCUCCUCCUGUUAUGGAGAAUUAAAGGAGCAGUGGGAGGUUAGGACAAGCUAGUGAGGAGUCAGAAAUAAACAACCAACGCUCCUUCAUUACCGUUAAAUACAAUUUAAAGGAGUUUAGGUGUAUCCUUGUAGAUGCACAUUUUAAAGUAGGACAUCAAGGCAGAACCAAGAGUCUGACUGUUGAGCACAUGAACACCCCUCCACCAACCAAACGGAAGUGGAACUGAGUUGAGGACAGAUUACGGAGAGAAAGGAGGACCAAAACAGAAGAAACCCUUACUGACAUGUCAACAACAGCCACGAUGGGUGAAAUGGCAAACAGCGCAGUGGAGUUUUAUCCUAAAGGGAGUCGGGGCGCAGGAGGAGGAAGGGCAGAUGGCAGUCAAGCAGGGGGAGACUUUGGGGUCACGGUGCAGGAGCUCAGGGAGCUGAUGGAGCUCAGAGGGGGCGAAGCCCUGGUGAAGAUCCAGGACAGCUACGGAGACACAGACGGACUCUGCCAGAGACUACAGUCCAACACCACUGACGGUCUCAGCGGGGACCCGGCGGACAUGGAGCGUCGGCACCAAGCGUACGGCCAAAACUUCAUCCCGCCGAAAAAGGCCAAGACUUUCUUGGAGCUUGUGUGGGAGGCCUUACAGGACGUCACGCUCAUCAUCUUGGAGGCCGCCGCCAUCAUCUCCCUCGGCCUCUCUCUCUACCAGCCGCCCGGAAGGGAUAGCGAAUCAUGUGGGGAAGGGUCAGGGGGUGCAGAGGAUGAAGGCGAGGCUGACGCUGGCUGGAUAGAGGGUGCAGCCAUCCUGCUGUCUGUUGUGUGCGUUGUCCUGGUGACGGCGUUCAAUGACUGGUCCAAAGAAAAGCAGUUCCGCGGUCUGCAGAGUCGGAUCGAGCAAGAGCAGAAGUUCACCGUCGUGCGGAAAGGAAAUGUCAUACAGAUCCCGGUGGCUGACAUGGUGGUGGGGGACAUGGCCCAGGUCAAAUACGGGGACCUGCUACCAGCUGAUGGUAUCCUGAUCCAAGGCAACGACCUGAAGAUAGAUGAGAGCUCUCUGACAGGAGAGUCCGACCACGUACGCAAGUGUGUGGAUAAGGACCCCAUGCUGCUCUCAGGUACACAUGUGAUGGAGGGCUCGGGCAGGAUGCUGGUGACGGCUGUAGGUGUAAACUCACAGACGGGCAUUAUCUUCACCCUACUUGGUUCUGGAGAGUUGGAAGAAGAGGUGAAGGAGAAGAAAGAGGACAGUUCUCAGUUGCUCAUCCCUACAGAUGCCAGUUACAGCACAGUCACCAAUGGAAAACAACCUGAUGGAGCUGUAGAGAACAAUCAGAACAAAGCCAAGAAGCAUGAUGGGGGUGUUGCCAUGGAGAUGCAACCCCUGAAGAGUGCCGAGGGAGGCGAGGUAGAGGAAAGAGAGAAGAAGAAGACCAAUGUUCCAAAGAAGGAGAAGAGUGUGUUGCAGGGCAAGCUCACGAAACUGGCUGUUCAAAUUGGCAAAGCAGGUUUGGUGAUGUCAGCCAUCACUGUCAUCAUUCUGGUGCUCUACUUUGUCAUCAACACGUUUGUCGUUGAAGGUCGGGUUUGGUUGACAGAGUGUACUCCGGUCUACGUCCAGUACUUUGUCAAGUUCUUCAUCAUUGGAGUCACUGUGCUGGUGGUGGCUGUCCCAGAGGGCUUACCGCUCGCUGUCACCAUUUCUUUGGCUUACUCUGUCAAGAAAAUGAUGAAGGACAACAACCUUGUGCGCCACCUGGAUGCGUGUGAGACCAUGGGCAACGCCACGGCCAUCUGCUCGGACAAGACCGGCACCCUCACCACCAACCGCAUGACUGUGGUGCAGAGUUACCUAGGUGAUGUACACCACCGUGUAGUCCCGGACCCUGGACAGGUCAACCCCCGCACACUAGACCUAUUAGUCAAUGCUAUCGCCAUCAAUAGCGCCUACACCUCCAAGAUCUUGCCACCAGAUGUGGAGGGGGGUCUGGCCAAGCAGGUGGGCAACAAGACGGAGUGUGGCCUAUUGGGAUUUGUAUUGGACCUUCAGCGGGACUACACCACUGUCAGAGAUCAGAUCCCUGAGGAGAGACUGUACAAGGUUUACACAUUCAACUCAGAGCGUAAAUCCAUGAGCACAGUGAUCAAGUUGCCGGACGGUUCUUUCCGCCUGUACAGCAAAGGAGCUUCUGAAAUUAUGCUAAAGAAGUGCUCCUACGUCUUAGAUACCAACGGAGAACAGCAUACCUUCCGACCACGUGACAGGGAUGACAUGGUCAAACAGGUGAUUGAGCCAAUGGCAUGUGAGGGGUUGAGGACCAUCUGCAUUGCAUACCGUGACCUGCCGUGCAACCCGGAGCCAGACUGGGAAAACGAGGCAGAAAUAGUAACAGAGUUGACCUGCAUCACGGUGGUUGGGAUCGAGGACCCUGUGCGGCCUGAGGUGCCCGAGGCCAUCCGCAAGUGUCAGCGUGCGGGCAUUACGGUGCGAAUGGUGACUGGUGAUAACAUUAACACAGCCAGGGCCAUCGCUGCGAAAUGUGGCAUCAUCCACCCUGGGGAUGACUUUAUCUGUCUAGAGGGCAAAGACUUCAACCGACGAAUCAGGAAUGAGAAGGGAGAGAUUGAACAGGAACGUAUCGAUAAAAUCUGGCCCAAACUCCGCGUGUUGGCUCGAUCCUCGCCUACAGACAAACACACUCUGGUUAAAGGCAUCAUUGACAGCACUGUCCUAGAACAGAGGCAGGUUGUAGCAGUAACAGGAGAUGGAACUAAUGACGGACCAGCUUUGAAGAAGGCCGAUGUGGGCUUUGCCAUGGGUAUCGCCGGGACAGACGUUGCGAAAGAGGCGUCUGACAUCAUCCUGACGGAUGACAACUUCAGCAGCAUUGUCAAGGCGGUGAUGUGGGGACGAAAUGUCUACGAUAGCAUUUCCAAGUUCCUGCAGUUCCAGCUCACGGUCAAUAUAGUGGCUGUCAUAGUGGCCUUCACUGGGGCCUGCAUCACUCAGGACUCUCCUCUGAAGGCAGUGCAGAUGCUGUGGGUGAAUCUGAUCAUGGACACAUUCGCCUCUCUGGCCCUGGCCACCGAGCCCCCCACCGAGGCCCUGUUGCUACGGAAACCCUACGGACGGAACAACCCACUCAUCUCACUGACCAUGAUGAAGAACAUCCUGGGCCAUGGAGUGUACCAGCUGAUCAUCAUCUUUACCCUGCUGUUCAUAGGCGAGCACAUAUUCAACAUCGACAGUGGCCGUAACGCUCCGCUCCACUCCCCUCCCUCUGAGCAUUACACCAUCAUUUUCAACACAUUCGUCCUCAUGCAGCUGUUCAACGAGAUCAAUGCUCGCAAGAUCCAUGGAGAGAGAAACGUCUUUGAUGGCAUAUUCGCCAACCCCAUCUUCUGUUCCAUUGUUCUGGGGACAUUCGCUGUGCAGAUUGUGAUUGUGCAGUGGGGAGGGAAGCCCUUCAGCUGCGCCCCGCUCAACAUCGAGCAGUGGCUCUGGUGUCUUUUCGUGGGAGUUGGAGAGCUGCUCUGGGGGCAGGUGAUCGCUACAGUGCCGACCGAGCGGCUUCCAUGCCUGAAGGAGGCAGGGCUGGGCCUGGAGCCUGGGGAAGACGAUGGGGAGGAGAUGGCAGAGGAUGAGGAGGAGAUCGAUUGUGCUGAGAGAGAGCUGCGCCGCGGACAGAUCCUCUGGUUCAGAGGCCUCAAUCGCAUCCAGACUCAGAUGCGAGUGGUGAAAGCAUUCCGUAGUUCGCUGUACGAGGGCCGGGAGAAACCGGAAUCCCGCAACUCCAUCCACAACUUCAUGGCCCACCCAGAGUUCCUCAUCAACGACCUCAUCCACAACAUUCCGCUGAUCGACGACACUGACGUGGACGACGAAUCAGAGCUCAGCAGAUACCAGCACCUGCACCCGGCCCUCCGCAAGCCGCCGCCUCCUCCCACUCAGCCCCAGCCCCCGGCCCGAACCCACCCCACUCGCCCCUAUCGCCAGUAUAGCCUCCCGGUGACCCCGUGCAACCGAAACAACAACAACAACAGCAGCAGCAGCAGCAGCAUCAGUUCAAUGGUCACCCACGGCAACAACAACAGCACCAAUGCAGUUACUCCCAGCAGCCGCAGCCCCCAUCACCACCAUCACCGCCACCAAUACCACCAUAACCAUCAUGGCAGGGACAGGCCGGUGAAACCCUUUGCCCCUCAUCUGGCCCAUCUCUACUGCAUGGAGACCUCCUUAUAACUGAGCUGAACGUGGGUCUGGGGGGGAGAAGGGGAACGGAGUCUUGGGUAGGGGGAGGAGAGGGGAGUGAAAGAGAGGGCUGAGGACACACACAAGACAUUUUCAUCUCCCUUACAACAAGCUAACAGGAAGGAGUGAAGGACGAGGAAGGCACAGGAGGGAGAGGACAAUGGCCUGAGACUUCUGCGCGCAACUCCCAGAGAACAUUGCGACUUUCCCUCCCUUUGCCCUCGCUCCAGGCCCUCUCAAUCGGACCCCCUGACGCAACAGUCAUCUCCAUCUCCCUCUCCGCCUUCGAACCCACUGGCCCCCCCAUCUGUCAACCGUCCCCCCCCCCCUCAGAGAACCUGCCCACCUCACCCUGCCUGACCUCACGCACACUCGUCACACAUACGCACAGGUCCACUCUAGCUGGGUUGUCCUGAGUGAUGGUGGGCACGGUGGGAGGGAGGGGGGACGGACAUCCCAAAACAAAACGACAUCCCUCAGCGCUUCAGCAGAACAGGGCCAUGUGGCUAUGGGGGCUGCCUCACUCUGUUUCUAUUGGUGUUCAUCAGUGUUGUUCUCAUUGCCCACCUACCCAUCCACAUGGCACCAUUGUCACCACUGCCAUCAUUUAUCUGCGGCCACUUUAAAGUCACGACUUAAGUAAAAGGGUUUGUUCAAGCCUGAACUAGACUUCAGUCAUUUCCAUCUUCUGAUUCCUCAGCAUAACGGUGCUCAUUCAUUUCUUUCUUUUUCAUUGGUUUAUUUAUUUAUUUAUUCUCGCCCUCUCCUUUUCUUUCACUCUCUUUCAGUGUGUGUGUAUUGUCUUGUCUCUUCUGAAAAAAAAAAAAUGAACAAAAACAGAAAUGGCAAACAAAAAUCCUGUUCUUUUAAACCUAAUAGUAAAUAGAAAAGGAAGGGGAUACAUAUACUUACAUAUGUAUAUGUAUGUAUAUAUAAUCAGAAUGUGUGUGGGAAGCGACAACACAGAACUCUCCAUUUUCACCACUGUUCAGCCCAACCUGUCCGAUCCUUGAACGCCUCCCCAUGAGUCCACAUGACCUGUUAUCUGUAACACUGUCCAUCCUGCUCUGAGAUGACACAGUGUGCGACCUCACAUCGAUUUCGAUGUGUAUAUGUAUACAUACAGUAGCCCCAUACAGCACUAAGUUUAUUCACAGCCUCUUGCCAUGUUGAUAAAAUGAUGUGUGAGUAUGGGUAACAUCUCCGGACAUCCUCUGGGGCAAGCCCGCAGGUGAUGUCCUCUUCUCUCUUGCUGUUCCUCAGUCCGUGUUUUUCGUUUGCAACGCUCACUUGGUCUCGUCUGGUCUUUCGUCGGUGGGUGUGGGCGUGUUUCAGCUUUUCUUGGACGAAAAAGCUGAAUGCUUGUGAAGCAUUAACCCUUUAAAUGCCAUCACACACACAAUGCACAGGCGAUGGCCCUUUAAGACUAACAUGCACUCACUUGGAACUUGCUCCUGCUUAUGUGCCAUUGGGUCGUCUCCAUCAUGCACCACUGCCCUCUCCAUGAGUGUUGUGGACAAAGAGAUUGUUUCAUUUGUUCUAUCUGUCAUUUUCACAGACAAGGGGGAAACAAAUCACUGUUUGAUGCUGAAAGCGACCAUUCAUCAAGCCCAUGUCUAACAUCUGUUCAGUUUUGGCUUUAGGCCCAAAGCCCACUCAGCUCUAUCAGGUAUGACCAAUGAGAGCUUACGUGUCACGUCUGCGCAUCCUGAACUGUGCAUCAUCAUCAUCAUCAUCAUGAUGUACGAUAAACUGAUUGGGAUACAUAAAAAGGAACAGUCCAACAUUUUGGAAAAUAUGCUUUUUUUCUCUUUUGCUCAGAGUUAGAUGAAAAGAUAGACUCUUGUGUCCGUAGAGUAUGAGCUUAGUGUAGCAGAGCAUAUGGGGGAAACAGCUAGCCUGGCUUUGUUAAUAGUAAACAGUACCUCUAGAGCUCACAAAUUAACAUACAUUUUUUUUAUCUGUAGAACAAAACAAUGUUGCUGAAAAAAUCCUAAAUGCAUCCAAUUCAGUUUUAAAAAUCAGAUAUUUCUUUGUUGAACGAAAGUCUAAAAAAUAUAAUUUUAGCUUUCAGGAGGUAUUCAAAUCAACAAAUCAAAGUGGGAUUGUUGCAGUAGCGUCAGUCAGCACAUUCAGACCUGCAGCAAACUGUCACCACUGCCAACUACUGACUAAAAAAAUGGAAUAAUAUUUUUUUUUAAUUGAGGUGAUGAUGGACGCAUGGGAUAUGAUUUUUUUUAGCUUUUUGCGUAAAUGAGAAACAAUUUAAAUGAUUGUGUUACUUCGGGAUGGAGCCAGGCCUCAUGUCUCCAGUCUCACAGUAGAAACACACACAAGAGUGAGUCUUUUCAUCCAACUGUUGGUAAGAAGGUUUGUAAGCCUAUUUCCCACAUUGUGUCGAAGCAGUCCUGCGUGAAAGGUCAUAACACCCUGCAUGAGCACCCCCCCCAAAAAAAAAACAACGACAAAAAAAACAAUCACCGAACACAUUUGGAAAGCCACCCAUGUGACGACACGGGCGCAGCGCACAGUCCGCCGUUACCUCGCCGAGCUCCACGACAUUCCAUGUGACAUAACAUUCCAGACAACCGCAUCACAUUCCAGACCGGGUGUGAGAGUGCCCGCCUGUAUCCCAUGUUGCACUAGGUGUGGGUGAACCGCUGACUUCAUGUUGCCUCGGAGCGUGACUGCAAUGCAAUGCAAACCUGGACAACCUCCCCCCACUCCCCUUCUCCCUCCUUCUCCCCUCCCCUCAGCCACCCCCCCUGUCAACUUCCCUGAGUUUAUCGACCGGGGGCCCCCCCACCAACACCACCAGAGACAGUUGAGGGCAGACGAUAUGCAACAGACUGCCUUAUCAACAGUUGUUCCCAGCCGUAGGAUGAUAGACGUGCUGUCUGACAGGGAUGGUAACACAUGAAAACACAGUGAGAGAACAUGUCUGUCCUGCUAGUUCUGUUUCAGGAUGCACGCAGGGCUCUCUGGGAACACCCUUUCCUGUACAGAACUCUGUCUUGAAUGCUCAUCAUCAUCGUCGCCACCCUGACCCGAGCCGUCGGAGCGGGCGGGUGGUGACAUUGUAUUGAUCUGUCUGUUUUGAAGCAUGCAUUUGGUAUCAUUAAUGUCACUCUUUAUGUGUUGGUAAAUCAUUUAGGCUCCUGUCACUACUGUGUGCAAUGAUCUCUCCACAUCUGCUGUCUCUCUCUCUCACACACACACACACACACACACACACACACACACGCACACACACGCACACACAUCCUGUUCAAGUCUAUCCUAUUCUAUUUCAGCACCUCUUAGCACAACUCUCUCAGUGCUUUCUGCAGGCUUACACAAAGAAAACACACACACACACAGACACACACUAAACAACAGGGGGAUAAUCUACAGUGGUGUAAAUUUGACUGUCCAGUUCAAGCCAUUUCUGUCCAUCCGUCCAGCCACGUUACAUCAUGAUGUUGUGAGACAGUUUCACAGAAGGCAAAACACAAUGUGAAAAAGAAUAUAUUAUAUUUAUCAAAAAUUAUAAAUUGUACAACUGCACCACUACUGUACAGAUCGCCCAAAUGUGCACAUGUGCAUCUUUGAUUUACAGGUACUAUGUUCCUGUUACACCUUUUUUUAUUUUGGAUGUUCCUUUCUUUUAAUCCUAUUGCUUUUUGUAAAGAGAGGAACAACAAAAUGGAAGCGCUUGUAUAUUAUGAUUAUUAUGAUUAUUAUUAAUUUUCUCCACCGGUGCUCCCACUGAUGGAAAAAGACAGUUGCACAUUCUCCCGAGCAUAUUCUGAGGGCUGUGUUUUCUGUCCAGUGAACAGCCCCUGAAGUGUGCAGAGGUGCGGAGAUGCUUUAGAGUCUCUUAAGACCAGAGACACCACUCUGUAAAUAGAGAACAGGAGAUACACUUGUACCUCAUUAUGAUCUAAAGGACUGGACAAAGUGGGGACCCAGGGAGGAUGGAGAACUGGAGGGGGACGUAGAGCUAGAGACUGCAGAAGUGCAAUGUCUCUGUACAUUGUUUAGGCUGCCCUUUUAGAUCUGCUCCCAGUAUUUACUGCCAUGUUGCGAUGGGAAGAAAUGAAGGUUUUACAUUAUUCAUUAUACAUACUGUUGUAAAUAUCGUGUAUGGAAUGGUCCCCACUUCUUGCACAAUGCAGAGCUGUUCUGGUGACAGAAAAUGCAGCCUUAACUGUGCUGAAAUGACAAAAGACCAAAAAAAGUUUAAAAAAAAAGAAAAACAAACUAACAAAAACAUAAAGACUAUUGAAUAUAUUAAAGAGUUACCUGCCUGUUAUUUAAGCGAAUAAAUAUCUAUAUAUGAGAAAGAACACACCUGUAUACUGUAGACUAAAUCUGUACGGAAAUCUAAGAGAAUUUAAUGGGAAUUAAGUCCAACACCUUUUGUCUGUAUGAAAGAAAAAAUACAUCAAAGUAUUCUACAAUAAUAACUUUGACAAAGUC